AUGGAGUCUAUUGAAACUAGCGAAUGUAGUGGGCCAAGAGAAAAACAAGCACCAAUCUUCAGAAGCUUUGGAAGGAAGCAAAAUGUGAUUAGACCAAGACUGAACUCAAUCAAUUUUGGAACAAAAUCUUUCAAAAUUGACAAAAAACCUAUCUUAAAACUGGAGGACUAUUCUUCAAACCGAAUCUCAUCUAGUGCAAGCAAAGACUUUUCCGAAUUGAAUGAAAUAGAAUCAGAAGACUUUGGAUACCAAAAUAAACACUUUUUGGAGUUCUUAAAUAAAAAGAAAUCAAAAUGGGAGUUCAUAUCUAAUAAAGUUCUUUACUCCAAUGAUGAAAGGUUAAAGAGCCCAAAGAAGAUUUAUAUGAAAGGUGAUGGCAGAAAAAGCUCCAAAGUGGUGCAGUUCGGAAGAUCAAAAAGCCCAUUUAAAAGGCUACCACCUCAAAUUAAGGCCAAACGAAAAUAUUCUUUAGCCAAAUAAAAGAUCAAGUGGAUCAGAAGGCAUCAGUCCUACCAUAAAAGAAGACCAAAAAAUGCUUAAGGAAGAAAAUCGUUUGGAUUCCAGAAGAACUUCAUUCUUCAAUAUGUGUCCCUUUGAAGAAGUCUCCGAGAAAGAGUCUGAAAAAGAGGCUGAGGAUAAUUCUGACAAAGAGAGUUCUAAAAGCACUGAGAAAUCAAACUCUAUCAUUCAGCCAAAGCCACUUAAACUUCAAAGGAGAAAAUUUUCUGAAGUAGCAAACAAGUUAGGGAAGAAUCCAAAUAAAUUUAUGCAAAGUUUUGGAUUAGACUCGUAUAUUUUUCCUAGCAGGAAUAUCUCAAUUUCGGCUAUUCUAGACCCUCCCAAAUUUCCAAGGAACUCAAAAACAAUAGUUGAAGGAAGAAAGGAGAUCGAAUCAGGACAUAAAGGUUUUCUAAAAAGCUCAGACAAUGAUAUUUCGUUAAGUGCAUUGAGUCCUGGAAAGAUUUUCCCAAAGAAAUCUUCUUCUACGAUUGCAAGUGUGCUUGGCAAGAGAAAGGAAGUCUGCUUUAAUUAUUCUAAUAAUUUCCCAGUUUUUCGGAAGAGAUCUUUACGACCAAACGAAGAGGACUCAGAAAAGAAUGCGUCCAAUAUCAUCAAUAAUAACCAAAAACUUCCCACAUUUCACAAGAGACUAAACUCACUAAGUCCUCCCAAAGCAUCAUUUGGAGAUGAGGGAAGGAGUGCCAGAAGAAUGUCUUUUUGUCUUGCUCAAUACGAUAAAACAAGAGGUAUCACAGAAGAAAGAAAUUCGGACGUAAAAAUCAGCAGCUGUUUAGGAAAACUCACUCUACCAAAAAUACCUCCAACCAUUAGAGGGGGAAAGAUCGAAUCUCCUCUCAGCAAGGGUUUUUCUUUAUAAACCCAGAUUCAUCUCAGAAAUUAAUAGCGGAUGGAGGGUUCGCAUUAGAUUGGUUUUUCACCCACAAAAUUAAUUUUAUCAUAAAUAAAAUAUGAGAAUAUUUGAGUUCCAACAAAAGAAAAUCCCUCAAAGAAAAGUGAAAAGAUGACAUCGACAAGAUUACACAAACAUUCAAGAAUGAAACACUGAAUCAUAAAUAAACAAGUUGAAGAGUACCCAAAAAUGCUCAAAUGACUCAUAAAUAUCUCUAAAUAAGCACAAAGGAGUAUCUAGCUUCAAAAAUUUUGGGAAAUACAUCAGCGCCUUGGCUAAGUUUAACAAGGCUUGGAAUCUGUCUACUUUGAAAAAUUCUACAAAAGAGACAAGCAAAGAUCUUGAUAAAAUGAUAACCCGCCUCUCUACUCUCGAAAUGAAGAUAAUUAUUCCCAGAAAAAUACUAAACGCUUCUAUUAUUCUAGACAAUAAAGCAAAGAAGAAGACAAAAGGGCUGCUAUCUUCCAAGAAAUCAGAGCGCGACCGAAAUAAACCUCAAGGAUAUCUUUACCGUCCUUCUGCACUAAAAAUAUAAUUCCUCAUUUCAACUUGAAA